AUGCAACACUCUCACGCAGCUGACAGAGCAGCAGCAGCAGCAACAGCAGCAACAGCACCAGCAACAGCAGCAGCAGCAGCAGCAGCAACAGCACCAGCAACAGCAGCAACAGAACUAGCAGCAGCAGCAGCAGCAGCAGCAGCAAAUGCUACUGACAUGCAUCUGCAACGAAGUCUACGAGUUCUUCAUUUGCUGCUCCUUCCCGUGGCGGUGCAGCAAUAUGAAUAUCAAUUUCGCUGUCUGUACACUCGAAGGCUGCAGCAGCAGCAGCAGCAGCAGCAGCAGGAACCGUAG